UUCUGUACACACACAGUUAAACACAGCAGGCACUUAAAAGCCAACGCCAUGGCGCUUUGACCACCAAUUUCACCCCAUAUCCAAACAAUCACUAUGAACCCUCUCCGUUGACAAACACGCACUAUCCCACGGCUAAUGGCGAGCGCGCUGCAGAUGAAGCCCUCCAGUCUGGAGCACACACGGAAGCGCGUAAUAGAUCCACGACGGAGACAAGCUGCACUCUCAUUCCUCAGCAACAUCUCUCUGGACGGACGACCCGUGCAGGAUGACGGGGAGAAUCAGACCGAGGACGAGGACAGCUCCAGGACUAGACAGAGCCUGGUUUCUGCAGUGGGCCAGCAGGCAUUGGCCGCAGCAGCGAACCAGGCUCUCAGCAGUGCCCGAGCUGCUGGUUUCAUGGCUGGUAUCACGGGUCCCAGCGCGGCCGCCGCCGUGACUGCUGCUCCUCCUCCGGCUUUCGAGGAGGAUGCGGAGGGGGAUGUGUGCGGCUCUCAGGUGCUCCAGUCCGUGUUCAGCUCCCCCUUUUCAGCAGUUCCGCCGGCUACGAGAGGGAGACUUCAGACGUACACUCAGGGAAUCCUGCCUGUGUCUUACUCCAGGCAAUCCAGCCAGAACUACUGCUGUCUGGAUGGAGGGCAGAUAGCCAAUUCUGCCCUGGAACUGCAGAGAUCCAGGCGGAGACUAAUAUCCCAGCGUUCCUCACUGGAGACUCUGGAGGAUAUUGAGGAGAACGCCCCUCUACGAAGAUGCCGAACUUUAUCUGGUUCACCCCGACCAAAGAGCUUCAAGAAGGUCCACUUCAUCAAAAACUUAAGACAGCAUGAUAUGCGCAAUGGAAGGAUAGUCCUUAUCAGUGGCCGAAGAUCCUUCUAUAGUGUUUUUUCUGUCCUGCCCUAUCGAGAUUGUAGCCAAACAGGAGAUGUGAAGGCAGAAAGUGGACGCCAGCGACACCCCUCAGGUGGCAUGAGUGCCAAGGAGAUGGUGAUUGGCCUGGAGGGUGUUGAAUUGGGUGCAGAUGGCAAGACAGUGUCAUACACACAGUUCCUUUAUCCAACCAAUGUCCUGGGUCGUCGAAACACCAUCGACUCCACGUCGUCUUUCUCUCAGUUUCGCAAUGCCAGCCAUCGCAGCCUCAGCCUGGCACGUGCCAACAGUAACCAGAGUAGCCUUGAUACUGGGAAUGAACUGGGAGAUUUCAGGGAGUAUGACCCCAAUCUUCUGGAUGACCCGCAAUGGCCAUGUGGAAAGCACAAAAGAGUGCUUAUCUUUCCUUCGUACAUGACCACAGUCAUCGAGUAUGUCAAACCUUCUGAUCUCAAGAAGGACAUGAAUGAGACUUUCAAGGAGAAGUUUCCUCACAUUCGUCUAACACUGAGCAAGAUCAGAAGCCUGAAGAGAGAUAUCCGUAAACUAGCUCAGGAGGUGUGUGGCUAUGAGGAGUCCACGGUGGCCAUGGCCUUCGUUUACUUUGAGAAGCUAGUGCUGCAGGGUAAACUCAACAAACAGAACCGCAAACUCUGCGCAGGCGCCUGCGUCCUCCUCGCAGCCAAGAUCGGAGGAGACUUGAAGAAACACGAAGUCAAGCUUCUGAUUGAUAAACUGGAGGAGAGGUUUAGGGUGAACCGUCGAGAGCUAAUCGCCUUUGAGUUCCCUGUUCUCGUGGCUCUAGAGUUCAACCUUCAUCUCCCAGAGCAUGAAGUCAUGCCCCAUUAUAGACGCCUUCUGCAGAACUCCUAGCGACAGCCCCAUCAGGGGAGUCCUCCUUCUCUCCUGAUCUUCUCAUCCCAGAAACCCCCUAUGCACAUCCAACGUCCACUAUCAUCUCCAGAUGUUGAAAUAAAGACACUAUUCCACUGUUCUCUUUUCAGCCAAAGUGACAACUCUAUACUCCAAGAAGUUACUUUCUAAAUGGAGUACAUUUUCCUGGACUGUUGAUUUCUCAGUUUACUGAGGACAUUUUAAAGUGUUCGGCUGUUUUCCACUUAAAGAGUUGUAAGUGUUAAAGAAAUAGUAAACAAUCUGUCAUGAUUUGCUCAUCCCCAUUAUUGACAAUUUGUAUGCGUUUUCCCCCCCCUUGAAAUGCAAAAAGAAAACGUUUGAAGAAUCUUCAUGUUGUUCUUCUCCAUACAUUCACAGUGUUCAGUGACAAUGGCAGUCAAGCUCCAAAAACACAUCAUACAAUAACUUUUUUGUGCAGAAUAUUUUAAUUUCUGAGGGGUGGUUCAUCCAAAAAUUCAAAUCAUUCCAAAUGUGUAUAAAUUUCAAAGUUUUUGUCUAUACAAUGAAAGUCCACUGGGUCCAAGAAAUUGACAUUUUUCAAAAAUAUCAACUUGUGUUCCAAAGUGGUUUGGAACGAGUAGAUGAAGAUUUUCAUUUGUGUAAAACAUCCCUUUAAACAUUAUUUACUGAAAUAAUCUCCCCCUUCACCAAAACACUGACAUUUUUCUUGUGUUCCAUGAAAAAAGAACUGCAUUUCGGUCUGAACAUUGAGUAAGACGAGUCGAAGUUGAGCAAAUCAUGAGGGAACUUUUAUUCAAUUUCUAUCAAGUUUGAUUUCGUUAGGUUACAGUAUUCCUGUAUUUUUCCAUUCUUCUCCAUAUUUCCUUAACACUCUGCCAAAUAGGACUAAUUUCACUGCAUUCGAUCACUCUCAGUUGAAAGCCUUAAAAAAAUAGUAGAAUGAUCCUGAACUCUGGCAAGUAUGUGACUGUUCCUUAUGUACAAGUGCACUUUUCAAGUCUUGUGAAUGGCAGACCUUUAUGGCAUCUGCAGAAGCUGUAGGUGGAGGGGUUUUCAUCUCAUUUCUCAUUUAAAUUCAUUUCAGCCAGCGGUCCCUCUGUUAGUGUGACCACCGAGCAAAAAUAUGUUGCAGACAGUAACAACGACAUCUGUUGUAGGACUUUUCUACAGUUCUUAAGGGGUACAUUUACGUACCCCAUCGUUGUUUUUUUACCCUUGUGUGUUGACUUUGACAGUUUAGUGUGGUGUGGCUUGCUGCACUCAUGGUUACUGUGGUUGUGCUCUAUGUUAGAGUGGAUUCUGAGCACAUUUGUAGUGCUACACUGUAUGAAGUAACAUCCAGUCAUACUGCUGAUAAUCAACGCUAUUUUGCCGAGCUAGGCUCAACAGUGGCGGGAAUAUAAUCUGUAUGACUAAUAUGCUACGGUGUUGACUAAUGCAUGUACACCAAAGCAGUGUUAAACUUGCGUUUGACUUGUAAACACUUCUUUUUGAGAAAAUGUUUUGAUUUGAUGAUUGUUUUAAAUCUGUUUCCUCAGAUAUUUUCUAUCACCAUUGGUGGUACAGUAUUGUGUGUAAGCUGAAUUUUAUCUCACAGCACACCGACUGUGUUACUAUAUUCAUAAUCCCAUUUUUUAAUAUGUAAAGUGUAUAACGUUCACUAUGCACUACUCAGUUCCAUAAAUCAGUUAUAAAGAACAGUUAGAGAUUGAUGCAUAUAAAAUCAGCUGAGAAGUAUCUAAUAGCUGGAGUUAAACUUUCUUUUAGUAGAGUAAUGGCAAACUUGCAUUUAACCAUUUAACUCUAAAAUAAAUAAUGCCUAGAAUGUGAAGAGUUAUAAAAGAACAAGAUUUGGCCUCGUGAAAUGCACUUUAGGAUUUGUUAGCAAGUAACUGGGAUGCCCAAAACAGAUGAAACAUUUGUGUAAAUAUGCUGCUUUGCUUGUUCAAUAAAAAGCUACAUUUUGAA